AAAAACGGUGAUCGAUACAUAUUGCUAUUGAUCACAAGACUGCUCAACAGUGGACGUUUGUCCCACACAGAUUCCACUAUCUUAUGACAAAAAUACGGUUAACGUAUAGAUUCUAUACUUUACAGACUAUUUCCACCAAGUGCACCAAUGACAAAAUUGAUAUCUUAAAUGCAGUCCCUGAAAUUUGCCAUAUGUUUCUCUGCUGCGAUGUUUGGUGCAGUAUGUUUACAUUUGUCUUCUGUUGGUUAUUUUAAACACACAAUAAUGUUUACCGAUGUUAUCCCUCAAACUAUUUCAAAGCUGGUUUCGGAAAGCCGAACGUGAGUUUCAUCGUAUCAAUCUUGAACUGAGGAUCAGCUAAAACAUCAACACCAGAUUCUGCAGUGCAGACCGUUGAUAAAGAGUUAGUUGUACAAUGAGUGUGUGCUGGGAUCGGCUACUGCUGGAAUGAGGUGUUCGACAUUGAGUUUGGUAUAACAACAACGUGCAUCUUUCAUCCAGGUCUUUCAUGUGCCAGAUCCAGGAGCAUGUUGAGAUGUCUUCACGGGAGCACAUAGAAUAUGGCUUGGGCAGAUUCAACAUCACAGUUGAGAUCGUCUCGUCAUAACGGCCUUCGUCGGGCUGUGAAGGACACGUCGUGAACAUUUUCCUUUCAUGGUUAUCGUACAAAGGAUACAGUGCUAGCUACCGUUCACAUAGGACCAAGAGUACACGGUUGAUAUAGGAAUACUUCAUUUGAGAGUCGUGUGUAACUGUGCGGAGGACACGUCGGGUAAAAUCCUACACAGAUUGAAUAUUCCUCCAUUUGAAAUGUCAGUGUGUAUCCUCAGUGAUUCAAUGAACACUAGAAACAAUUUCUGUGUAGUUGACUGCCAAUUAAGAUAUCAAGCUGUAUCAUUGCUUCAUUGGUGCAGGUGGUCGGAGAAAGGUUGUUUUGUAUAUGAAAUGGCAGUGAUUUGUGCCAUUUUUCAUUGCCUGUUCGUUGUGUUUUUAACACAACCAAAGGAGAGUAUUACAAUGGAUAUUGCAAUGUGAACAAUUCGUAGAUGACUGUUCGUUAUAAAGAGUAGUGUCAAGGCAUAUUCGUCGAGAGGCGCCAAAAGAGAAGUGAGAGGAUGGAUCAGAAUAUUCCACUCCGCGCACCUCCCACGUCGCCUACCAACAGGAGGAAUUUGACUUUCCAAGAUGUCCACGUAUCAGGCAUCAUCACAAUCAUUCUGGAAGUGGCAUUGUUGAUAGAGAACCUCCUCCCCCUGUUGGUGAUUUUGUGGUGGAAGAGACCAGGGGAAAGAACUGUGUGCGACAAACUUGUAACCGCUUUGUGUGUGACGUUUAUAUUUUCAGCGCUCGUGCCAGCGCCUCUUGGAUUAGUUUCCUACUUCUAUGGGAGUUGGUAUGGGGGAAAAGGAACGUGUGAGUGUUAUCAGGUGACGUCAACUUGGUGUACCUUAUCGUCCAUGGCGCUGGUCACCUACAUGUGUAUAGAUCGCCACCAGACAUUAUGUCCGUGCCACAGUUGCAAGAACUCUGAUGACUGCCGUGAAAACGUUGGCAUUAUACUUAUGUUGAUCUACACGGUGACCCUGGCCAUAGCCACGUUACCCGUCAUAGGACUGGGUCCUGAAAUUAUGAAAGGAAACACGACUUGUGACUCAUGGAUAGUUCUUACGCCAUCUUCCGGUCGUCGACAGUGUUAUUUUAUUUCGUUUUUGAUAUUUGGAUUUCUUAAUAUACUUUUAUCAACGUUUUCAAGUAUUUUCAUUUUCGUACUGUUGCACAAGCCGGAUUUAGCUGACAGGAUGAAGAAAACACGUAUUCCUGUAGAAGAAGGUGUUUCACAGUUGUUGCGUCAUCAACGGCCGCCAGAAAAUACGUCAUGGAUGAUAAUAUCGCUCGUUCUGCUCGUGCAGCUGACGUGGAUCCCAUUGUUGAUCAUGCUAACAUUUCAGAAGGCAGGCAUGGAUGUCAGUGAAGCCGCCAUGAUGUAUGGACUGCUUGCUACGUCACUUCCGGGUUUGUUGAACCCUCUGCUGUAUGGUCUGCUGCUAGACAGUUACAGAGAGGGAUACAAGAAGAUCAUUCUGAAAAUCUGUGUUUGUUGUAGGCCAAAGACACCAGAGACUCAAGAACUUAAAGGUGUGACGUCAUCACGCGGUUUGUUGACGUCAGAGAGGAAAAGACUUACCAAAGUAAGUAUACGUGAUUACACGAACACCCAGUGCGGAACUUCUGGAUCACACAAUCCCAUGUUUGACACGGACUCUGUCACAGAGCUGGUCGGACAUCCCGACUCCGAGGACGGCUUGACAUGUGACCCUGACUAUGACGAGUACUAUGAAGAUAUUACCCAAGAUAACUGUGCCCAGUGUGACGUCCACGGCGAGCUGUAUCAGUCCGGGGGAAGACUUGUCACGAGGGAGGCCAUGAUGACGUCAGCAGGGAGUAGCGAUUCGUUCAUGGAUUCCGAGGACUUAGAAAACCAUGUAAUGGACGAGAGUGCAAUUUAAGAUACACUACCCUAUUUUGACACAGCCUGUUGUAUUAAAAGGAUUUUG